AUGGAAGAGCCAGUUCCCAUAGAAGGCCAGAGCCAGCUGCCAAGCCCACACCAUGGCUCCCUGAGAAGGGCUGUGGCUGCUGCCCUGGCUCUGGAUGGGGAGUCAACAAUGGGUCGCAGGAAAAAGAAGAAGAAAGAGCCUCGCCCAGAAUCAAUCAUCAUCUACCGGUCAGAUAAUGAGAAGACGGAUGAGGAGCCUGUGGAGUCAGAGGGAGGAGACCAACCUAAAGAGGAAGAGGGAGAAGAUUUCCUAGACUACCCAAUGGAUGAUAGUAUGUGGGACAUGCCUUCAGACAGCCGCUAUGUCACAUUAACAGGGACCAUCACCCGAGGGAAGAAGAAAGGUCAGGUGGUGGACAUUCAUGUCACACUGACAGAGAAGGAACUGCAAGAACUGACCAAGCCUCAGGAGUCAUCAAGGGAAAUGGCAUCUGAAGCAAGAAAUGUCUGCCAACUGGGAGCAGACCGUGGGCCCCAUGUGGUUCUUUGGACGCUGGUCUGCCUGCCUGUGGUUUUCAUCCUCUCUUUCGUAGUCUCUUUCUACUAUGGCACUAUUACCUGGUACAACAUCUUCCUGGUAUACAAUGAGGAGAGGACCUUCUGGCACAAGAUCUCAUGCUGUCCCUGCCUAAUUCUUUUCUACCCAGUGCUUAUCAUAGCCAUGGCUUCUUCCCUGGGUGUCUAUGCUGCUGUGGUCCAGCUCUCUUGGUCAUGGGGAGCGUGGUGGCAAGCUGCCCGGGAUAUGGAGAAAGGAUUCUGUGGCUGGCUCUGCAGCAAACUGGGGCUGGAGGACUGUUCUCCCUACAGCAUUGUGGAGCUUCUGGAAUCUGACAAUGUCUCGGGCAACCUUUCCAACAAGGAUUCCACCCAGGAAGUAGAAACCUCCACUGUCUAA